AUGACAGCACCUUUUUUCAGAAUGAGGUUGCUUCUGCCGCUGACGUUGAUCUCAGCCAUCGGUACAGAUGGCCAAAUCAGUGCCAUGUUCGGGAACCCGAUCCAGGCUCCCAACUGUGAAUCAUGGUCCGAAUGGGGACCCUGUGUGUGGCUGAAAGGCAGUGAGAAGAGGUUCCAACGACCUUACUUCGAUCAGCUGCUGCCUGGCCGAAAAGGAUGUCGAACACACGUCUUCUUCCGUUUACUGAAGGAUCGAUGGGGAACGGCUUUCAACAAUUUCUACAACUACCUACGAGAAAUUACGAUUAGCGAGCAACAAUGCGGCGAAUGUUCCUAUCAACAGAGCUGUGGGCGGCAGUGUCAUCGACGGGGUGAUGUCGCCAUGAUCAAUCCCCUAUUCGUGGCUGAGCGCCGAUGUAUGGGCAUCGACCAGAACAAGGCCUGCACCUCAAAAUACAUGCCGGACUGUAAACUCUGGCCAAAUCCCCAAAUACAACUGCCUAACGUCACGGAAAGUAUGCAGCAGAUAAUCGACGGUCUUGACUAUCUUUCAUGUGUUCCCCAACACGGUAGUAUCUUUCUCAUUUCGCCAAAACCUUUAGGGUUGUUUAAUUGA